AUGCCGAGGCGGGCCACACCUAAUGGGAAACACAGAACGGAGGGUGCAGCAAACCUGAGAGCCCCUGUCUAUUUCCAACACCCUUCAUCUAAGCCUGACACCAAUUUCCUUGGCAACCACAUCGAUGCUUCUUCAUGGAGCAUUAUCAUUCUUUAUUUGAGCAGUCUGGAUACUUUGAGCUGUACGGUGAAGACAGAUAUAGUGCUUAAGUCUUUAAAAGAGCAGCUGCACCACAUGAAAGGACAGUCCCACCAGAUAGAAGCCACAGAGGCAGUUGUCCGGGUAGUGCGUGAGGGGGGCCAGGGACAGAAAGUCGUUGGUGUGGUCCUCAAGAGCGCGUUCCUCCUGCUCCAGCUGGAGGAUUUGGAACGCCGGAUAAUCCAUGGACACAGAGGGAGAAACCACUACAAACAGACCACAGGGGUGUUACAUCUAGGGUACUAUAAUAAUACUACAUUUCUCCUGUCUUGGACAGUAAAACCGCGAGUGAGACUCAUCAAGAAAGCUUUCUCAGAUUCUGGAGGGUUUCGUGUGAGUUGUUUGGCAACAGGAUUUUACCCUCGUCACAUCAACCUGACCCUGUUCAGAGACGGGCAGCUUGUAUCUGAUCAUGAGAUCACUGGAGGAGAUCUGCUGCCCAAUGCUGACGGGACGUACCAGAUGAGGAAGAGUCUGGAGAUCAGAGCUGCAGAUAAACACAGAUACACCUGCUCUGCCACACACCUCAGUCUGGACAACAAACUGGACAUUGAUUUGGAGUGUCAAGGGGAAACAUUUAAGCAGGUGAUUUCCUCAGUGCUUGUGGUUUUGGCAUUGGGACUGGUGUUGAUGACUGUGAUUGGCGUUUUUAAAUGGAGGAGAAGGCGUCACUCAGCUUCCUCCACAAGUGACUACUCUUCUGCUUCUACAACUGAAGACAAUGUGGAUAAAACAUAA